UCUGAUCCACAUAGAGCAUCCUAUAAUACUUGGAGAAAGAGUUGAAUCUUUGAGAGAUGGAGAAUUUCCCGGUUAUCAACUUUGAAAAGCUCAAUGGUGAGGAGAGAAAAGCAACCAUGGAGAAAAUCAAGGAUGCCUGUGAGAACUGGGGAUUCUUUGAGCUGGUGAAUCAUAGCAUACCUUGUGACUUAAUGGAUACUGUGGAGAGGUUGACUAAAGAGCACUACAGGAAAUGCAUGGAAGAAAGGUUCAAGGAAUUGGUGGCUAGCAGAGGGCUAGAGGGUGUCCAAACUGAGGUCAAAGAUAUGGAUUGGGAGAGUACCUUCUUCUUGCGUCACCUUCCUGAGUCAAACAUUUCUAAGAUCCCUGAUCUUGGUGAUGAGUACAGGAUGGUGAUGAAGGAGUUUGCUUUGAAGUUAGAGAAACUGGCAGAGGAGUUGCUAGAGUUGUUGUGUGAGAAUCUUGGACUAGAGAAAGGGUACCUCAAAAAGGCCUUCUAUGGCUCUAAAGGACCAACUUUUGGCACCAAGGUUGCAAAUUACCCUCCAUGUCCCAAGCCAGACCUUGUGAAGGGUCUUCGUGCCCACACAGAUGCUGGUGGCAUUAUCCUUCUUUUUCAAGAUGACAAGGUUAGUGGCCUUCAGCUACUCAAGGAUGGUAAGUGGAUAGAUGUGCCUCCAAUGCGCCAUUCCAUUGUUAUCAACCUUGGUGACCAACUUGAGGUAAUCACCAAUGGUAAGUACAAGAGUGUGGAGCACCGUGUGAUUGCACAAACUAAUGGGACCAGAAUGUCCAUAGCCUCAUUCUACAACCCAGGUAGUGAUGCUGUUAUCUACCCAGCCCCAGCAUUGGUGGACCAGAAUAAUGAGGUGUACCCUAAAUUUGUGUUUGAGGACUACAUGAAGCUCUAUGCUGGACUGAAGUUCCAGGCCAAGGAGCCAAGAUUUGAAGCCUUCAAAAACCACCUGGGUCCAAUUGCAACUGCUUAAUUAAAUCUGUUUUACUAUAAAGAUGUUUGUUUUGCCAAAAACUAUGUUAAGAAAAGGCUAUGUUUCCCAAACGAGUAUUAAAUUACUAUGUUAGUGAUGUGAUUCCAUAUAGUAUCACCAAAUAAAAGAAAAUGAAUGUUUAAUAAUAAAAUAUUAUAUCAUGUUCAAUAAAAACUUAUUGGCUCU